AUGAGAAUCACCAACCUGAUCGUUGCGGCCUCUGCUGCCAGCCUUGUCCAGGCUCUGCCCUCCAAGCGCGAGGUGAAGGACAUCAAGAAGCGCACCGCCUCCGGCUUCACCUGGGUCGGUGUCAGCGAGUCUGGCGCUGAAUUCGGCUCUAACAUCCCCGGUACCCUGGGCACCGACUACAUCUGGCCCGAGACCGACAAGAUCGCUGUCCUCCGCGAGGCGGGCAUGAACAUCUUCCGUAUCCCCUUCCUGAUGGAGCGUUUGACCCCCGACAGCCUGACUGGCUCUUUCGCCUCGACCUACCUGGCGGACCUCAAGUCGACCGUUGAAUACGUUACCGGAACCGGUGCUUACGCCGUCCUGGACCCCCACAACUACGGUCGUUACGAUGGAAGCAUCAUCGAGUCCACCUCCGAUUUCAAGACCUGGUGGACCAACGUUGCCACGGAGUUCGCCUCCAACGACCUGGUCAUCUUCGACACCAACAACGAGUACCACGACAUGGAGGAGUCUCUGGUCGUCGAGCUGAACCAGGCCGCCAUCAACGGUAUCCGUGCCGCCGGUGCCACCACCCAGUACAUCUUCGUCGAGGGUAACGCCUACACCGGUGCCUGGUCCUGGACCGAGUACAACGACGACAUGUCCGCCCUGACCGACACCGAGGACAAGAUCAUCUACGAGAUGCACCAGUACCUCGACUCCGACUCCUCGGGUACCUCCGAGACCUGUGUCAACUCCACCAUCGGUCAGAACCGCCUUGAGAGCGCCACCGAGUGGCUCAAGACCAACGGCAAGCUUGGUUUCAUCGGCGAGUUCGCCGGUGGUGUCAACUCCGUCUGCGAGGAGGCCGUCGAGGGCAUGCUCUCCUACAUGUCCGAGAACAGCGACGUCUGGACCGGUGCUGAGUGGUGGUCUGCCGGCCCCUGGUGGGGAUCCUACAUGUACAGCCUGGAGCCCACCACCGGUGCUGCCUACUCGACCUACCUCCCCAUCCUGGAGAAGUACUUCCCCGCCAACGGCACCACCGCCAGCGUCGCUGCUUCCGGCUCCGCCUCCGUUGCCGCUGCCACCUCCACCGCCGCUGCCAUCCAGGAGACCACCACCCCCAACGGUCCCGAGGCCACCACCUCCGCCGGCCUCGUCAAGCAGUACUACCAGUGCGGUGGUAUCAACUGGACCGGCCCCACUGAGUGCGAGAGCCCCUACACCUGCAAGGAGCAGAACGUCUGGUACUACCAGUGCGUUGCCGAGUAA